AUGCCUAAUUAUUAUCAUCCAGGAUUGCGCAACCAUGAAAAUUUCUCUUAUGCUAAUAACAAAAAUGUGUUGCAACCACCUCCGGGAUUCAAUUCUCAACAACAACAAGAGAAAAAACAAUCAUUGGAAGAAAUUUUGGGCACUUUUAUUAUGGAGUCUAACAAGAGAUUCGGAAAAAAAGAAGCAAGACUCGACAAUAUAGAAACCCAUAUGACUAACAUGGGUGCUUCAAUGAAGAAAAUUGAGACUCAAGUGGGACAAUUAGCUAUUGUUGUGGAUUCUAAUCAGAAGGGAAGUUUUCCUAGUGACAUUGUGGUAAAUCCAAAUGAAUCAUGCCAAGUAGUUUCUUUGAGAAGUGGUAAGGUGCUUGAUGAGGGUAAUGUUCAAGAAGGUUCAAAGGAGAAAGUUGAGCAAGUGGUACGAGAGGUAGACAAGGAAGAGCAAGCCAAAAAGCAAAGUGGAAGUGACAAGACUGACACGAAGAAGGAUAGCCUUCCAAUGUAUCAACCUCCCAUUCCUUAUCCUCGGCGAUUUCAGAAGAAGAAAUUAGAUGAACAAUCUGCAAAGUUUCUAGUAAUCUUCAAAAGAAUUCACAUAAACAUUCCAUUCGUAGAUGCUCUUGAGAAAAUGUCAAAUUAUGUGAAAUUCAUGAAAGAAGUCAUGUUGAAGAAAAUAAGAUUAGAAGACUUUGAAACUAUGAAGCUAACAAAAGAAUACAGCGCCAUCUUACCUAAAAAGUUUCCUCAAAAGGUGAAAGACGCUGGCAGCUUUACUAUACCAUGCACUAUUGGAGGGUCAUCCUUUGACAAGGCAUUGUGUAAUCUUGGAGCGAGUAUUAGUUUGAUGCCACUUUCAGUUUUUAAGAAGUUGGGGGUAGGAGAGGUGAAGCCCAUAACCAUUACUCUUCAAUUAGUAGAACGGUCACUUACUUAUCCUAGGGGAGUGAUUGAAGAUGUAUUGGUUAAGGUGGACAAAUUUAUUUUUCCCGCUGAUUUCGUGGUACUGGAUAAGAGGAGGACCAUGAAACUCCCAUUAUUCUUGGUGGUCCAUUUUUGGCUACCGGAAGAGCUCUUAUUGAUAUACAGGGUGGUCAUCUGA